UCCUGCCUGCAUCCCCUGUGCCCCUCCUUCCCCUCAGGGUGUGGGAGCCAGGAGCUCCCCCAUGCACUCCCUGCUGCUCAUCUUCACCCGGAGGCUGUUUCCUGGGGUCUGCAGCUGAGGCCUGAGCACAGGGACUGGGCCCCUGAGCAAGCACUUGUUAGCGAUCUGAGGUUGAAAGCUGGAGCGGCUGGCAAUGAGGACACUUCACCGUGUGGGGAGGCACCAACACAAGGACAUGAGGCCUCUGCCUCCCACUCCAAAAUAACCAUCACCAGCAGGAUCGUCAAUGGGGUGACUGCUCGCCCUGGCUCCUGGCCCUGGCAUGUGACUCUGCUGCAUAGAGAUGGUGACGUCGCUUGUGGAGCUUCUCUGAUCAGUGACAACUGGUUGAUCACCGCUGGCCACUGCGAAGUCAAAGUUUCCACUAUGGUUGUAGCUGGGAUGGUUGACCGGCGUACAGACUGGAGGAUAGCCCAGAUGCUGAAGGUUGCCCAGGUUUUCCGGCACCCUUCCUUUACUGAGCGUUCUGCCCUCAAUGACAUCGCCCUGCUGAAGCUGGCUACACCUGCCAAUUUCUCCGCAAGAGUGUCCCCCGUGCACCUGCCCAGAGCUGGGGACUUCGUCCAGCCACGGACUCCCUGUGUCGUCACAGGGUAUGGAUACCCCAACCCCAAGGUCAAGAGGACCUCUAUCACGCUGCAGCAGGCCCCUAUUCCGCUGCUGCCCCUCGCCGACUGCAGGAGGUACUGGGGCCCAGCCAUCACUGAAGACUUCAUCUGCGCCGGGGCCAGCGGUGUCGGCCUCUCCAAGGGCGACUCUGGUGGCCCCCUGGUCUGCUUGAAGGAUGGAGCCUGGACACUUGCGUGCAUCCUGUCCCGUGGUACCCUAUAUUCCUUGACCUAUAAACCUUUCGUUUGCCAUCGUAUCACUUCUCUCCUGCCCUGGAUUCAGGAGACCAUGGCCAAUAACUAAACCCUGACUCAUUUCAGCACCUUUACCUGCAAUAA